UCGAACACGACGAACAUCAUGUCCGAUCCGUUUGCAGCCCUCCCGCACGCGGCACGCCUGACUCACCUCAAGAGCUUCACCAAAAUUGCAGAUCAGCAUCUCCAGCUUCCCCAGAACCGAAAAUGGCGUCACUCCGAUCGCCAAUCUCUCUCCUCCUCCUUUUCUCUCUCCUCUCUUUCCUCCUCUUCUUCUUAAUCCCCAAACCCUCACUGCGAACUCAAAACCCUAACCCUAACUCUUCCCUCCCCAAGCUCAGAGUCCUCGUCGCGGAUAUCCCUCGAUCCUUCAACUACGGCCUCCUCGACCUCUACUGGUCUCUCUCAACCCCAGACUCCCGAAUCAACUCCGAUCCCGAUGCAGAUCUCCGACCUCGGAUCAAAUCCGACCGCCCAUUUUACCCUCCGUACCCUUCAAACCCUCUGAUCCAGCAGUACAGCGCCGAGUACUGGCUCCUCGGCGAUCUCGAGACUCCGGCGGCGAAAAGAUCGGAUUCUUCGGUGGCGGAGAGAGUGAGGGGAGCUGAGGAUGUGUAUGAUGUUGUUUUCGUGCCAUUCUUUGCGACGCUGAGUGCGGAGAUGGAGCUCGGGUGGGGAAAGAAGGGAGGGUUCUUGAAGAAGGAUGAGGGGCAGAAUGGGGAUUUCAGGAGGCAGAGGGAGGUUUUGCAUAGAGUGAUGGGGUCUGAUGCUUGGAAGAGAUCUGGAGGGAGAGAUCAUGUCUUCGUUUUAACUGACCCAGUUGCUAUGUGGCAUGUCAGGAAAGAGAUUGCUCCAGCAGUUCUCCUGGUGGUUGAUUUUGGCGGCUGGUACAAGCUUGAUUCAAAGGCAUCAGAUGGUAACUCUUCCCAUAUGAUACAACACACCCAAGUUUCAUUGCUUAAGGAUGUGAUUGUACCCUAUGCCCAUCUCCUCCCGAGAUUGCACUUAUCAGAAAAUCAGCAUCGACAUACUCUUCUCUAUUUCAAGGGAGCCAAACAUAGGCACCGGGGCGGUCUAGUCCGUGAGAAACUUUGGGAUUUGUUAGUCAAUGAACCCGAUGCCAUUAUAGAAGAAGGCUUCCCUAAUGCGACAGGUCGAGAGCAAUCAAUACGAGGAAUGAGAAGCUCAGAAUUCUGUUUGCAUCCAGCAGGAGAUACUCCUACCUCAUGCCGCCUCUUUGAUGCUGUUCUUAGUCUAUGCAUACCAGUCAUCAUCAGCGACAACAUCGAGCUUCCAUUUGAAGGAACAGUGGAUUACACAGAAUUCUCAGUCUUUGUAUCAGUCAGUAAUGCUCUUCAACCAAAUUGGCUUGCUAACUAUUUGAGGGCAUUUUCUAAAGAAAAGAAGGACAGGUUACGAGAAAAUAUGGGUCGAGUUCAGGCUAUUUUCGAGUAUGAUAGUGGUUAUUCAGGUGGAAUUGGGCCUGUACCUCCAAAUGGUGCGGUGAAUCAUAUAUGGAGAAAGGUUCAUGAGAAAGUUCCUAUGAUUAAAGAAGCUAUAGUUAGGGAAAAGAGAAAGCCUGAGGGUGUUUCUGUUCCUCUCCGUUGCCACUCCAGGAGUCUUGUUCGCUGUAAAGAUUGAAGCUUUGUAGAGGUGUGGAGUUGGAAGGAGUGAUGUGGUGUCCGAAGUCAUUCUGUCUGCGCUGGCUGAGUUUGUGAUUUCAUGUUGUGUUUACCAUAGGUCAAAUGUCAUGCUUCUCUCCGACGUGAGAUGCUGUGGAUACAAAAGAGUGCUCGGAGGAGGUUUAAGUUUCUGAUGCAAUGUCAAACUGGGCCUAUCUAGUGAUGUCACAUUAGGCCUAUCUAGGGGCUGAUUCAAUCUGUUUGGACUUUAAAGAGUUCCUAAUUGUUUAGGUUGCCAGUUGUAAUAAUCUUAAUGAUUAGUCACCAGUAGUUGACAAAUAUUAAAAUACGUAAACGAAUUGAAUUCAAAUAGUUUUUAAUAUUCAAAUUGGAUUUGAAUAUGAAUUUGAGUAUCCUAGCAUCAACAGAACUCUAAUGUGAAUAUUGCAGUA